AUGAGAGCGGCGGCUCGGGAAUGCGUGCUCGGAGCGAGCGCGGCGGCGGCGGCGGCGGCGGGGCUGGGGCCAGCGCGAGGAGGGAGGGGACGGGCCGGCCCCUCGGCCAGCGCCCGCCCCGUGCCGGAGCGGAGGGGCGCGCCCCAGGCGGCGGGCAGGGGAGCGCCGGGCGGCCCUGCUCACGCGCCCAUUGGCCGCCGGGCUGCGGGGGGAAGCCGGGGCCGCGGAGCCACGUCGCCCGCCCGGGUGGUGGGCGCAGGGCUCGGGUUUCGCCUCGGCCCCUCCCCGCGAUCUCGUCGCGAGGGGCGGGCCCAGGCGGACUGGGCUGGGGACUGGCGGGCUGGUAAGAAGACCGGGAAGUUCUUUGUCGAGCAACAGAUGUUCGGGGUAAAAUUCCCUCUCCCCUUUCGGUUCCAGAGAACUGAACGGAGGGAGGCGCUGGCUCUCCCCAACUUCCAGCUGGGAGCCCGAAUCUCAGCCCCAGACGCCGCCCCAAGAACUUUUGUGGGGGAAGCCCUAGGCAAAAUCUUGAAAAUGCUGCCAGCCAAGGACUCUCAGUCCCCAGACGGCUUCCAAAACCCAGAGAAGGCGUCUCCACGGUUGCUGCUGCCCGCAGCUCCUUCCGGAUGUGAAGUUCUAAUUAAAGUCCAAAUGUGUGGUAUAAACCCAGUGGACACAUAUAUUCGCUCUGGUACUUACAGUAGAAAACCACUUCUACUUUAUACUCCUGGCUUAGAUGUGGCUGGGAUAAUAGAAUCUGUUGGAGAGAGUGUAUCUGCUUUCAAGAAAGGCGACAGAGUUUUCACUACCGGCACGAUCUCUGGGGGCCACGCAGAGUAUGCUCUGGCAGCCGAUCACACUGUUUACACCCUGCCAGAAAAACUGGACUUGAAACAAGGAGCUGCCGUCGGGAUCCUGUAUGUUACUGCUUAUCGAGCUCUGCUCCCCAGUGCCCAUGUGAAAGCUGGAGAAAGUGUUCUGGUUCAUGGGGCUAGUGGAGGGAUUGGAAUAGCAGCAUGCCAGAUUGCUAGAGCUUAUGGCUUAAGUUUGGGCACAGCUGGUACUGAGGAAGGACAAAAGAUUGUUUUGCAAAAUGGAGCCCAUGAAGUGUUUAAUCACAAAGGAGCUAAUUACAUUGAUAAAAUUAAGAAAUCUGUUGGUGAAAAAGGAGUUGAUAUGAUUACUGAAAUGUUAGCUAAUGUAAAUCUUAGCAAUGAUUUGAAUCUUUUGUCACAUGGAGGACGAGUAAUAGUUGUUGGCAGCAGAGGUCCUAUUGAAAUAAACCCACGGGACACCAUGGCAAAGGAAUCUAGCAUAGUAGGAGUUGCUCUCUAUUCAUCCACCAAGGAGGAAUUUCAGCAGUUUGCAGCAGUCCUUCAAGCUGGAAUGGAAGUUGGUUGGUUGAGACCAGUAAUUGGUCCCCAGGAUCCGUUGGAGAAGGUGGCCCAGGCUCAUGAAGAUAUCAUUCAUAGCAGUGGGGCUGUUGGAAAAAUGAUUCUUCUCUUAAAAUGGUUAAUCCUUCCACAGAUCUCCUGCAAUAUAAUCACAGCCAACAAGUACUGA